UCGCUGGGGGGAGGGGAGCAGGGCAAGUGCCUGCAAGCGACUGUGUCCGCUUGCUCGCCUGCCCUUGUGCCACCAGACGGAAAAGGCAGGCGGCCCGACCAAACAACCGGUGCAGUGCUCCUAACCGCCAGGCCAUCUCCCGAAGAGCAUGAGUAGGGUCCAGCUGAAGCGAUCUGCGAUCCUCAAGAUGGCCCUCAGCGGCUCCUCGGACCCGUUGCUACAGCAGCAGCAUCCGGAAAAUGAGGACAGCGGCGGCAAGCAGCCCCCGUUCCUGUUUAGGGCCCUUCGAAUCGCCACGGUGGUCUCUCUUUACUGGUUCGUUUCCAUCACCAUGGUCUUCCUCAACAAGUACCUGCUGGGCAGCCCUUCGUUGCACUUCGAAGCCCCGCUCUUUGUCACCUUCUACCAGUGUCUUGUCACCGUCCUCAUCUGCAAGAUCAUGAGCCUCUUAGCCUCUUGUUGCCCGGCAGGCUACCUGGACUUCCCCUCUUUCCGCAUGGACCUCAAGGUGUCUCGCAGUGUCCUGCCUCUCUCUGUGGUCUUCAUUGGUAUGAUCACCUUCAACAACCUGUGCCUCAAGUUUGUCGAUGUGGCCUUCUACAACGUGGGACGCUCCCUCACCACUGUCUUCAAUGUGCUGCUCUCUUACGUGCUCCUAAAGCAAACCACUUCUCUGUACGCCCUUUUGGCCUGUGGAGUAAUCAUAGGUGGCUUCUGGCUCGGUAUAGACCAGGAAGAAGCUGAAGGCACGUUGUCAUGGGCUGGCAUAGUUUUCGGGAUCCUGGCCAGCCUCUGCGUCUCGCUCAAUGCUAUUUACACUAAAAAAGUGCUGCCUGCCGUGGAUAGCAGCAUCUGGCGCCUGACAUACUAUAACAAUAUCAAUGCCUGUGCCUUGUUCUUGCCCCUCAUGUUGCUCUUUGGCGAGUUCCAUACACUCUAUCACUUUGACAAAUUGGGGAGCCUCACCUUCUGGGGCAUGAUGACCCUGAGUGGGGUGUUUGGCUUCGCUAUUGGCUAUGUGACAGGACUUCAGAUCAAAUUUACCAGCCCUCUCACACAUAAUGUCUCUGGGACUGCAAAAGCAUGUGCUCAGACAGUGCUAGCUGUCUGCUACUUUGAAGAAACCAAGAGCUUCUUGUGGUGGACUAGUAACAUGAUGGUUCUAGGUGGCUCCUUUGCCUACACAUGGGUGAAAGGGCUGGAGAUGAAGAAGGUGCAGGAGGAACCUUUUCCUAAAGCAAAUGAGAAAAAUGAGACUGGUGUCUAAGCUCCCCCCAGCCUGCACCACACUAUGUGCACUUAUAGCCUGCGUGCGUACAUGCAGUGGAGCUUGACUGGGAAGAGAGCCAGGGCGUGGAGCCCACUAGGCAGGAAAUGCAAGGAUGUGGGAGAGGGAAGUUGGCAGGUGAGCCAAAGUCCCCUGCACAUACAGAGUGUUCGGUAAUCAUGGUAAAGGGGAAAAGGGUUAAAUUUUCACAAGCUGUUUCCAAUGAAGAAGGUGUCAUAUGUUGGUGAUGGGACUGGUGAGCUCAGAUGAUGGCCUUUUGGUCAAUAUGGCACUCCUGAAAAUAGCUGCUGUCAUUGGUAGCUGCUUUCUGCACCAUGCUUUUCCCUGAUAAAAGGACGGUAUGGGUUCUGUUAAAAAGUCAAUGAAAGAAGGCUUGGAAGAAAUCAGACUAGAGGGAUCCUGGCUCUGCUUGACCCAAGAGGAGUAGGCUGUCUGUGAAGGUGCAUCUCUCAUCCAAUUUUGUCUUCCCACAAAACACACCUGGCAGUGUGGUGUGUUGGCUGAAUGGGGAGGCUUAUGCUGAGAACUAGUCUCUUGUUCAGGUAAGGACAUCCAAGGUUGGUUAUUAACCCCGUCUGCCCCCCUGGGGCAAAUCUGUACCAAGAACUAUGAGGGCAAAGGCCUUCCAAUAGCAAGCAUAAAUAAUCUGGAGACACUGAAAUAUAGUGAGGGUUGUGAAGCAUUCCUGCCAAUCCCCUUUGUCCAGCAAGUUAAUUUCUAAUGACAGGGUCCAUGCCUCAGGGCUGCCUCACUAGAAAGGGAGUUUGAUAUGUGAAAGGGGGCACUGAAAGGGCUAUGGCCUGGCUUCCUCUCCUUUACUGAGUGUGGGCUUCAGGAGCCCAAAUAGCAUUGGAAUGUUUUAAUGCCACUUGCUUUGUUGCCUUUUUCUCUUGAUCUGUGGGCCUCCUCCCUGUCUCACUCCUGAUUUUGUACUAGGAAAUUAAUCUUCCACCGUGGAUCUUUGAUUGUUAAACUUAUUUAAUAAAAGUGUGGAUCCAUAUUUUUUGGAGUGGUUUGCUCUGCAGAAAUGGUGGGAAGCCAAACAGAGGGCCCUGGUGCUUAUUGGAGGAUGUUAUGGUGAACUGGAUAAAGAGUGAGAGGAGGCCAUGGAUAGCUCCAAGCAGAGGAUGUCGUGAAAACAAGAGCAGUUUUUAAGGCUUACUCAUUUCUAGACUGCUUCUGCUAGCACAUGUUCUGUUAAGGGUUGCCAGUGUGACACCUGCAGGCACCAGUUUCUUCUUUGGCACCCACAAAGAGUCUCAGUUAAUACCUGGUCAAAAAUCCACAAUGCACAAGAAACUGUUUGCCGUUCUUGGUGAAUUCCUGUUUGCCCUGGCUCAGCCUGUCCUAUACUGAACAUGACCCUUAAACAUGCCAACAUUUCUUUGGAUGCCAGGAUUGGACACACAUCCUUCCAUCUGUUUUGAACAGAAGAGAGAUGCAAAGAGCUGCUCUCUGUGAGCAAGUGUGGUGGUAGCUGAUGUAGGUCCAUUUUCCCAGUUGAUUGAGGAAGGGCACAUGCCUGCAUGUUUCUGUGGUCUUUUUUGUGUGUGUGUGCUCCUUUUGAUGUGUUAUGCUAUGCCCCAUGGCCCUGAAAGGCUGGCAACCCCUGGCAUACUAGGUGUUUACUGCAAGCUGGAGGCAGUUUGGAGCACAUGGAGAUGCAUCCUCCCAGACCAGUUUCAUCUACAUUAGGAGUGGGGAACCUGUGGCACUCCUAAUGUUGCUGGGCUACAACUACUGUCUUGUCCAUUAGUCAUUCUGGCUGGGGCUGAUGGGAAUUGGAGUCCAACAGUAUCUGGAGGACUGCAGGUUCUCCAGGCCUGAUCUACAUCAACAAUAUAUAAGAACGGGUAGUUAGAUGAACUGGGCAGCUAGUAUGAGAGCUCUUGUCCUUUUGGCACUCUCUCUCCCAAUAGCUGAAGAGGCUAAGUGUCCAGACUGAUUUGUUUCUUCUGCAUUAAAAUUGCACAAGAUUUUAAUUCCUAAUCUUUGCUAUAAUAAAUACAAAAACAGUUA